AUCCAAAUUUAUCUAAAAUCUAAAUGGAUAUUGGUUAUUACUUAAUAUGUACAGGAUUUUUUUAUUUGCUGAAUGAAUAAUGCAUUUCAGUGUGUAGAAAGUAGCAAUUUCGAGAAAAGGAAAUUUACGUUUUAUCUCUUUCGCUAUAUUUUCUUUUCACCAUAUCAUCGCAAACAUUGCAGUAAACUACAAUCGAGUCGAGAGAAAACAAAACAUAUUACUUUAUUUGAAAACGAAGGGAAUUUGAUUCCAAAAUCGAGAAUUCAUCACAAUGGCUCAGAGUUCACAUGGAGGAAGUCACCGACGAAGCAGGGAUCAUGAAAGUUCUAUGAGAUAUACUAAUACUGACUGGGAAGCGAAGGAAGCACUGUAUCAGCGAGAAUUAGAUGAAGCUCGAGCAAGAGCAACACAAAUGGAGAAAACAAUGCGCUGGUGGUCUGAUUGCACAGCCAAUUGGAGAGAGAAAUGGAGUAAAGUACGUAAUGAGCGAAACAAAGCUCGAGAGGAAACAAAACAAUUAAAAACAAAAGUAGACAUACUUACUAAAGAAUUAAAUUUAAUAAAAACAGAUAAAAGUGAUUUAGAACAGCAAUUACAAGUCUUGAAAUUGGAUAAUGAAAAAUUACUUAGUCUUGGGGAACGGAGAAUCGUUUCAUGUGACUUAUCAACAGAAGAUGGUGUGGAGUUAAGAAAAAAAUCUGGUAUUACAAGUCCAAAUGAAUCAGCCAAACAAAGAGCUUCUCUAGAUUCUCAUAAAUUCUCAAAUGUUGAUAAUGUCCUUGCAAAUAAAUUAGGUGAGAUGAGAAUACGUUUGGAUGAAACCUUCAAGCAUCUACAAACUGAAAAAGAUCAAAAAUCGUUUUUACUAUCAAAGAUUGAAACCUUGUCAGCCGAGUUACACAGUGCCAAAAUGGAGUUAGCACAUAGUGAUAGAACUUUAGGUUCAACUGAUUCUAGUCAUAGUGAAAUUGAGAGGCUACAAAACGAACUACAGGAUGAAGUAGCUGCAAAACAGGUUCAGGAAGAGAAAAUUGCUGAACUUAAAAUGGAGCUGGAAAGGCUAAAAUCAGAAAAUACUAUACAGUGGAGCAAACGUGAAUUAUUAGAAACUGAAAACAUAGCAAUAUUAAGAGAAAAUAAAAAAUUAUAUAGCCAAAUUUGUGAAUUGAGAGAGCAAAUUCACAAACUCAAUAGAAUAUCAGAUGGGAGUAUUUAUGGUAUACCAUAUAAUGAUCAUAAUAAGUUAGAUUCAAAUGUGUUAUACAUCAGGAAGAGCAGUGUUAGUCCAAGAUCCCACGAAUCGAGUAAUGCCUCCUCAGAGGCCAUUGCUGACGCGAAAACGAAUACGUCUGGAGAGGACGACGAAUUAGCGAUAAUUGAAAGAAAUUAAGAACAUUUAUAAUAAGGUAGCUAAACGUAAAUCUUUUACCUAUUUUGCCCUUAAAACUUCUCUAGCUUGAUGAUGA